AAGAGAUGUCGCUAAACACAGGAAGUUCCGUCACCGAUUAAAUGGCGGUGGAUAACUUCUUUUGCUGAGAGUAAACAUAGCUUAUUUAGUCGGCAGAUACUGAUUAUAGCUUUUCUGUUCGUUUCACAAUGUAAAUAGAUGACGUUGCUGUUUGAACGUGGUCAGCCAGACAGCCCAAUGGAGGAUGUGCUACCGGUUCUUGUGAACACGUCCCAACAUGGCUGGAAAGACUGAUUUCCAGGUGACUCCAGUUUCGUGGGCUGGCCCCAGAACAGUUAUUGUGCCCCGGACCGAACAGGGAUUUGGAUUCACGCUCCGACACUUCAUUGUCUACCCACCAGAGACUUUGCCCCCAAAUAGCUCAAAUAAAGAAGAUGAUGGUGUGUAUGAAAGUGAUGUUCGGCUCGGACCUCGGCUGUCCAACCUGGAGUCGAUGGACACGAUAUUCGUGAAGAAUGUGAAAGAAGAAAGUCCUGCCCACCGCGCUGGUCUCCACACUGGUGACCGAAUCGUGUCCGUCAACGGCCAGUCCGUCUCUGGGAAGUCCUACUCACAAGUCAUCAACCUCAUUCAACUUAGUGACAAGGCUCUCAAGUUGAAAGUAGUUCCCCGUGACGAAGAUAUCCUACAAUUGGCCUAUCACUCACAAGCCGAAGAAUCUCUGUACGGCAGUUUGGUUGACCCCGAUCAGCUGGAGAACUGUCCUCCUCCUUACACCCUGUACGAGUCUGACAUCCGUACAUACAGCAGUCCAGAGCCGCCGUUCCGCAACUCGAGCGGGGAGAUCAAAGUAUCGAUAAAGACACGAGAUGAGCGGAAACGAGACCGCGUCCCUCGCUACGAGGACCAGUCCGGGCCCGAUCUGAGAAACAUCUAUUCUCUGGGUGAGUCUCCUCACCGGGAACAGAUCAAGGGAGAGAACUGUCCCCUGAGGCCCAUCCUGAAGUCGAGGAGUGUUGAGAACCCGCUGGUCAACAGCAACAGUAUGACCACAAAUGUUUCUUGCUUUCCGCCUAAGAAAUCGUUUGGCUUGUACUUCCCACCUAAACCCGCGGAGCUUAGGUCGAGCAGCGACAGCAAUCUGUGCCGUGGUGGACUGGUCGGUUCCGGUUCGAAAGAGAAUGUUCGCAUCACGAGUGGGAUUCCGAGCGGUGAACUACUCGCCAAGAGGCAGAGCUACUCUCACAGACCUUUGUGCAUCGACAUAGAGAACGAUCAGAGGGCCCCACCCCCGUACACUCCGUCCAGUCACCACAGUUCGAGCAGCGACCCCGUCGUGAUGCUGCGGUCGCGAACCACGUCAUCCCUGUCGACCACCAUCAACAACCCGUCAACCCACCGACCACUGGCAGAGACCAGGCUGACGACUCACAGGAGAAGCGAUAUCGAGACUUCGCACGACUCGCUGAGUGCAGGUCGCCACUACAUUCCCGUGCUUUCCGAUUCGGGGUCUGGCGGUGUUCCGCUGCGCUUCUCGUCCAGUAUGGACAGCAUAGACGGGAUGAGCGGUCGGUACCGGACCACAAUACAGAUGCAGCAGCAGCAGCAGCAGCAGCAGCAGCAGCAGCAGCAAGGAAGUGAGCGGUUAAUUCAGGACAGGAGUUCUCCUGAAAGUAAAACAAAGACGUUUGUGGUUAGAAUCCCUGUGGGUGAGCGCCAAUACCGGGCUGGACCCAAGUACGUGACUCCGGGCCAGGUGGACAAAGACGAUUCCUCAGGUUCGGGGACAACGUUUGCCCUGACACGAUCUCCAAUGUCGACACCGGUAGACAUGAACAAAGGUUCUGCUGCUUCAGCCGUCUCACGUAGAAAACAUCUGUUCGAGACGGGCAAAAAUGAGAACAAUAGUCCGGGUAAUAAUUUCAACAGGUAUAAGACGGAGAUACAGAAGAUAACUGGGUACAAGAAGUUUGAGGGGGUUGCGUCGAGGGCGGCCAUGUUUGAGCCGAGCCAGGAAUAUUCUCAGCCCGAGUCCCAGGUCCAGCCACAGCCCCAGCUCCAGCCACAGCCCCAGCUCCAGCCACAGCCCCAAAUGCAGCAAUCGCCACCGAACUCCCAGCCUGCUCAACCACAUGUGAAAGUUCGAAAGAUAGCCAAUGAGCGACACACUCCACCAAAGGUUGAGAGGCCCGCAACUCUUGCCAACUACCAGGAUUCGGCUCCCAUCAGGAUCUACGUGUCUCCGGGAAGUUCCAGUGCCCCGUCAUCACCCAUUGUAGAAAUAGUGCCUAUGUUUGACGAUCUGUCAAAGCCAGUGCCAAGCUCAGAGCGCGAGGCGAGUCCGAGGCCCGCUAGCUACGGCACCAGUGAUAAUGUCUUUGAAGCCUCCUACCCUCCCGCUCACAUCGUACAGGAGAGCAUCCAUGGCAACAGACCGGUGAGAAAGACGUCAUACCUGUCUGCUGUGAAUGCACCUCGACCACAAUAUACUCAGUCUGUGAACAGCACGGAUGAACUAGAAGUCGCUCCAGUAGAAAUGACUGUCGUCAAACCCAUGACGACCUCUAUCAGUUUUACAUCGGAGCCGACCCAAGACAAACAUCUGGUUUAUAGUUCUGCUCCAUCAGUGAUGUGUUCAAGUGACAGUAACCUGAGUGUGAUGCAGAAGGGCUUCGAUCCGUCACAGUCAGAUUCAAAUGUUGUGCUCCGAUCAAAGUCUGUUGCUUCUCCUGAGGAUGAAGCGAUGAAGUUACACAGAAGAACGUCGUACUUGAUGGCGACCGCCCGAGACCGGUCCAACCAGCUGCCCAUCGAGAAGUCGUUCUCGCCACCACUCGCCAUACCAGAAGAUGCAGAAACGCCACCACGUCCACAGAAUUUAAAGAAGCUCAAAAAUUUCUUUGGUGAAAGAACUCCGAGCAUUCUGGAAGCUACAGAACACAAACCCGAGGUGGAGAGUCCCCUGGCCGAAAUCACAAGAGAAGGCUGGCUCACUUGCAAGACUCUAGUCACAGAUGGCAAGAAAUAUAGUGAUCGUUCGUGGAAGGAAUUGUGGGUAGUGCUUCGAGGUCAUUGUCUAUUUCUUUGCAAGGAAAAGAGAGAUAACUCCAGUAUGACAUUUAACUUGGAUGACAUGCCAAUCUCGAUAAAAUCAUGUCUGGUGGACAUCAAGCAUGACUAUGCCAAGAAGAAGAAGCAUGUUUUCAAACUGAUAACGUACAAUGGCUCGGAGUACCUGUUUCAGUCGGAGGACCGUGAAAACAUGCUGUCGUGGAUUAAAGCCAUCAAGACCAACAACAAUCCCGACAGUGAUGAUCAAGGUGUGAUCAGUGCCGACCUCAUCAUCCGGAAGAGCUCGAUGGCUGAUCUGGGUGCGGUCAACACCAAGACGUCGCCACAGCCGACUCACAAGACCAGCAAGAAACUGAGCGCCCUGUCGUUCAAGUCCAAGAGUGCAUCCUCGCCAAGUCUUCGCAGGAAGAAGACUGACAAAGAGGAGGGAGGUGGCAAGACGAAGUCAAGCUGGAAAGGACGAAUCAUGCCGAAGAGUUUCAAGCGCCAUCACGAUGAGAUGAGUCACUCGACGAUAGCUGAGAACGAUGACGGCAUGAAGGCAGCGUUCGGUGUGCCCCUCGACCAGUGUGUGUCAUCUCCUCAUAAUGAGUAUGUGCCUCUGAUCGUGGAGCUGUGUACUCGGAUUGUGGAAGCACGAGGUAUGGAUGUGGUCGGCGUGUAUCGUGUUCCCGGCAACAACGUUGCAGUCAACAACAUCCAAGAAGAACUCAGUCGGGGUAUUGAUAAUGUGAACAUUGACAAUGAGAAGUGGUUGGAUGUGAAUGUCAUCAGCUCGUUAUUGAAGGCUUUCUUCAGGAAGCUACCCGAGCCGUUAGUUACAAACAAGGAUUAUGGGAAAUUUAUAGAAGCCAACAGAAUUGAGAAUGUAGAAAAGAGGAUGUUGAAGUUGAAACGACUGCUGCACACGCUGCCCGAACAUCACUUUGAAACUUUCAAACGUCUGGCAGAACAUCUCAGCAAGGUGGCAGCAUUCGGACACAUUAAUAAGAUGGAUGCCAAAAAUUUGGCCAUCAUGUUUGGCCCGACUUUGAUCCACCGGUCUGAUGAUGACACGUAUGCGUUUGUGUCAGACAUGUCAGAUCAGUGUCGUAUUGUGGAGAGUAUUAUUCUACACCAUGAGUGGUUCUUCAGCUCAUGGGAGGAUGAUCACACCGUGCCACUAGAGGCCGUGUCUGAGGCUCCCCCGACCAUUGAUUCAUCCAGAGUUGUCAAGGAUGAUGAUGAGGAUGCCGACUCUGCCAUCAAUGCCCGAGAGAUCGUGUCCUCCAUCAUCACAGCUGCCAACCGGAAACUCCAGAACAAACAGCAGCAGAAGAGCUCUGACUCCCUCGACAUUAUUGACAGUAGCUUCAACGAGCGCAACAUCGACUUCGAGAUCAGCCAGCACCAGGCGGCCGCGACCAGCAUGAUAAACCGGUCGCAGACCACCCUCAGCUCUCUGAGCUCGCGCAGCGUCUCCGAGGAAUUCCUCGACCGCAAGAUGCUGUCAUCGUCCACACUGAAAUCUCACGGCAAGUCAUCAACAGACGAUAUCGAUUUCGUCGACUGGGAAUUCAUCGAUGCCCCGAAGCAGGAGACUCGCAAGAUGCCAGAACGGGAACGAAGCGCGUUCAGCCGGCACUACUCGGAUGACUCCCUGUUGGACCGAAACGACGAGAUCGAGAUGUCGCACGGCCUGUCCAACAGCUGGAGUCUGAGUCCGGACACGCUGGACGGGCUGCGGAGGAUCGAGGUGGAGGCGCGCGUCAUCCGGGAGCGGGAGGAGCAGAGGCGGCGGGAGAAGCGGCGGCAGGAGAAGCAGUGGAUCGAGCAGGAGUAUCAGCAGACGAAGAAGGAGCUGGAGCUGGAGGAGAGCCACAGCGUGGAGGAUCUGCUCAACUGGAGGUCGGACUUUUCGUAUCGCGUCUACGACGGCGCCAAGCCCGAUUCCGUUGGCUGCUUCAGCGUGGACGGUGGGCGUGGUACCCAGCAUCCAGUCAGACACUGUCCGACGUCAUCCGACUCCAGCAGGGAGAGUGGCUCCAGUGUUGGUGUGGCACCCGGAUACGCCUAUAGACUCGUGGGAAGUGACGGAAAGGAAGAUCGGCAUCAUCGGAAGAAGCACGAUGGAAAGCCACAUUCUGGUGGCAAGUACUUUGUGAGCAUUGCGAAUUCUCGUGCGAAACCUAAUCAUGGAGCUUUGCAAGGAAGCCUCGACUCCCUUGCUCCUAAAUACUCGACGAGAACUGGUUCAUUGGAAAAUAUUCUCGAUAACCAAGGCCAGGUGAACAAACGAUCAUCACACCACCACCAGUACAAUCAAAACCAGUCUGCGAGUGGAAACCGACAGGAUGUGAGGCACGAACACAGAUCCCGCCCAGGCAGUCUCAGUCAGUACGGGUCCAUACGACAUGGAUCCCUCGACUCGCUGAUUGACCUCAUUGAAAGGAAGGACAACCGGUCGUCGUGGGCGUCGUCCGAUUCGGAAGAUGGUUCUGACCUCCUCACCAGUCUGACCUCGACAUUCGACCAGAAGCUGCAAAUUCUCCUCAACCCAAAAUAUAAGCUUGGACACCGCAGGAACAACGGUUCGAACCUGUCGGACCUCUCCAGCGGCACCGGCUCCUCAGUGAGUCAGGAGGACAGGGAUGGGGCUAAGAAGGUUGAGAAGUCUCUAGCUAAACCGUGCGUGUCUUCUGCCUCGGCUCCAGUCAUUCUGCCCCAGGGUCCCGGAGAGAUGCUCAAGGAGAGACAUUUCCGCGAUCCCAGUCUUCACAGGAAACCAGAGCCGAAAAUAGGCGUGGCGUGUCGCUUUGAGCGUGGAAGUCAAGUCCCCACGCAGCUGCACACCCCCUCAAGUGUGCCCUUGUCGUUGUCUACUACUACGACUACCCUUACUCCUUCCAGUACUCAAGCACAAAGACACGCGGUGGAGGUGAAACCGUUUGGUGUGAAACAGUUCACAAAGACUGGACAGUCGUCAUCGCCGUCAUUGUCGUCAUCGUCAGUGACCCUCACCCAGCCAAAAAAAUUAGAACCAAAACCAUUGGGAAGCGGCAAAAGCGACUUCCGUCCCAUUUCCAAGUCGGAGAAGACCGAAGUGAAUGCCACGUUAGCUCGACUUAGUCGUGAGGAAAGGACUAUGGGCAACUGGAAUCAGUCGAGACCUACUUUUUAUCUCGACAAUGGUUCCGGUAAAAUGACUUCCGAGUCGGCACAUUCAGAGAAAAAACGUUCUAAGAGGUCGAAGCGGCGCCACACUGUGGGUGGACCCGAUGACCUCGAACAUUUCAAAGCUUUAAUUGCCGUGACAGGCACUAGUAAGGAUAGCGAGCCCGAGCCAAAAGUUUCAGCUUGGGAGCAGUUGCAGCCGGCAUUGAAAAACGAAAAACUGCCCCAAGAUAGGACUCUGUUGUCGUGGAUACGGAAAGAACGUCUGCGGGGAAGCACUCCAGAUUUGUCGUCUCAGUCAAAGGAUUAGAUAUUUAUUUCGUUAAGACUCCAAGUGAAUAAUAGAAUCAUUAUUGAUUAUGAAUAGAAGUCGUAGAUAUUGGACUGUCUAGUGGUAUAUUGUUACAGAGAAUUGUAAAACUGUAGUCUGGUCUUAAACUGGAGUCUAGAAAGUACAAGUUUAAGAUGGUGUUUGCUAGUUUGCCAAAUAUGUAUGGACUUAUUUCAAAGAGAAUUUAACAACCGUGUGUUGUCUGUUUGAUUAUUUUGAUUGUGUUUCAUUCUCCAAUUUAUUAAUUAAAAAUUAAUUUGGUGAAUAUCUUUCAAGUAAACAGACACUUGUCAUCAGGUUAUUUUUGUUUCAUUUUGUUUGGCAAAGACAGUCCUAUAUUUGGCCAACCACGAUCAAACAAACUUCCAAACACUUUAACAUUAUGGUGUUUUUCUACCAGCUUACCCCAGGAAACUACAUUAGUUUUGUACUGUUGUUUGUGAGAGGCCAAACCUAGUUCUGACUAAAUUGUAUCACCGCAGAGUCAGAAUAGUGGUGCAGAUGAUUUUUAUUGUUUACUUGGAGCCUUAUUGUUAGGAUCAUUGUUACUAAGUUUAAUGCCAAACAAAGUAAUAUUAGUAUCUUACAAAACCAUAAAAACAAGAGAUAAAAUAUUGGUGUUUAAUACUCGCUUUUUGCUUAGUAACCGAAUCUGAUUCUUUUAUUACUGUCCAUGAAAUCCAUUUUUAAUGUUAUGAAAUUCUUAGCUCAUCGUUAUGCAAAUUGUCCAGUCUUUCUUUAAAAUUAUGGAUGUGAAUUAUUAACCGUUUGUGUUAUGCAAGUCAGAAUUCAUAAGAUUAAAAUCAUUGGGAAAUAAUUUUAAUCGACUGAACAGGUUCUUUUGUGUCAAUGUUAAUUUUUGUUUGAGGUUUUUUUGUGUGUGUUUUUUUUUAACGUCAGGUAGUCAUUAUGUGUUAACCAUGUUUUCUUUCAUUUUAUGUGUAAUGUUAAAAUAUAUAUUGGACUCUCAUAGGGCCACAUUUGUGUGACUAAUAAUGUAUUAUUUUUUUUUUUUUAAAUCCAGAUUUUUCUUUUCUACAUCACAAAUUAACAUUUACCAUCAUUUUAUUAAUGCAUACAUGUGUGUUAGUGAUUUAAUAAAAAUGCAUAUUGAAAUUUCAUGCAAAAUGAACAAACGUGAAUAUUAGAAUAUUGUUCUGUAAUAUUUAAGCUAAAUAAUACUAAUUAAUGUGACCACAGCAAACACAACCUGUGACUAUUAAAAUAAUGUUCUGUCAUGAAUGCACUAAGUAAUGCUAAUGAACGUCUGUGGCAUUUUUUAGCAUUAGUGUUAUUUCUUACUAGAAAAUCUUGCAUUAUUUAUACUUAUAAAAACAAUCAACAUGCAUAUGACCAAUCAGUUAUUACUAGUAUUAUCAGCUCAUUGAGUAUAUAAGUAUAAAGUCUUUCAUGUCAACCAUUUCUAUUAUAUACGGUUGGUAUUAUCCACAGCCUUAUGAAAAUGGCUUUUACUUAUGUUAUAUAUAGAGAUAAGAGUUUUAGAUACCACAGGGUUUGAAUGAAUUUAUGUGAUUGGGUUUUAUCCACAAACUACUAGAUUAAGUCAAAAAUUAUGUUAAACAUUAAAAGUUUCGCACAGAGACAAGGUUUUAGUCAGUUUAUUUCAUAGAUGUUCUAUAUUCCCUGGUUCUACUAGGUUAAAAAACCAGUGAAAUAAUUGCAUUCAAUUGACUUGGUUAUAAAAAGAAAAAUGAGCAUCUGUCUUGGGACAAAACUCACAAAGUCUUAUUCUUAUUGCGAAAUAUGUUACAGCUUGUUUUACAGACGUUAGUGGUCAAAAUUUCAUUAUUUAUUACAGUCAAAUUUUCUUCUUGAAGAGUUCAUUUUUAAAAACCAUUUAAAUAAUUUAACAUUCCUGGUAAUUAAAGCUCAUACAUGUAUUUGCAUUUUACAAAUAAAUAAAGCAUCACUUUUGGCAUGUGUAUUGCAAAUUUUGUCAAUUAUCUGUGGUUAUACAGGUCUCUAAAAACUGCAAGAAUGAUCAUUUCGUUCGCGCAUUGCUAAUGCUAAUCUAAUUUUACAUAACCUACUUUUUGUUCACUCAAAAUUUGGAGCACCAUUUACUUGGAUAGUAACGCGUUACGCAAAAAUGAAAUGGGUUGCUUGGAUUUAUUUCUGCGUAACCGAUAAAUAAGUCACACAGAUUUUCAAUUUUCAGAAACAUGUUAUAUAUAACUUUUUGUUUUUUUGUUUCUUUGUUGAAAACUAUGUUUCAAUAUAAAAGCAAAAUCUUCUCUUAUUAAUUUUUAUUGGUAUGGAAUCAUAAUUUUAAACCAAAUACUUUUAAUUUGGAGAGCCGAAAACAAGUUAUUUCAAUUACAUUAUGUUUGUAUAUAUUUAUUUCAUUGUCCUUAAUUUGGUUGAAAAUGUUAAUAAUGAAACUCUGGUAAUCCUUAACAGGAUGGCACACUGAAACACUGUUUAUAAAUUAGAUAGUGCAUUUCAAAAACUGCUAACCUUAAAAUAUGUUAAUUAUCCAUCAAACAUUAAAUAAUUUUAAUUCUUAAUUUUUCUUACAUUAUAUAAUUAACAAAAAAUUAUAAUUCCAAACUUUAAAAAGAAAACAAAAACAAAAGACUAAAAUGCAGAUGUCUUUUUGUAUUGUUUUAAAACCAUUUGCCUUUUGUAGUGUAGUACUGCACCCAGAAGAAAAGCCAGUGUUAUAAUAUGUAUAUGGUUGCUUGAAAUAUUUGUUUAUUUUUAUUUAGAUUUUUUUUCUUUUUGUUCUUAAGCAAAAACAUGCUAUUGGGUAUUAAUUUGAUGGUUAAAAUUCCAUUUCAAUGCCCAAUUUUAUUUUAUUUUUAAAUAAAAAAUAUUUCUUUAUUAAAAUAUUAUAGUAAUUAAAUUUAGAUUUUUACCCACUUUGUUACACAAACCCAAUGUGUAAUGUGGAAUUUUCAGCAGAUACACGAUGCUGCAAAAGACGAAUAUUGUGUUAUGCAUUAAACUAACCCAAGUGAUUAUCGUUUAAUUUACAAUAAAUUUACUUCGUUAAGAAAUUAUUAUGCAGCUUGCAAAAUAAUGUGUGUGUGUGCUUGUGUGCAUGCAAGCUUCCGUGUGUGCAUAUAUGUGUGCGUGUGCAAAGUUGUCUGAGAAAUAUUCAGUGCCUUCGAUAAGGUAUGUUCUCAUGAUGUGAUUUUUACUAACAAUAUUUAGCAUGUAAUCAAAUGAGGAAAAGAAUUUCAAGUUCCAUUCAUUUCAACUUAUUUGUGUGCUUAUAUCCAAUUAAGGUUCAAGCAUGCUGUCCUGGGCACACACCACAGCAAUCUGGGCUGUCUUUCCAGAACAGUAGGUUAGAUGUUAGUUGGUUUGUGGUUAGUAAGAGAGAAGAAAGUGUAGUGGCCUUACACCUACCCACUGAGCCCUUAAGAACUCGCUCUGGGUUGGAGCCGGUACCGGGCUGUGAACCAUGUACCUACCAGCCUGUAGUCCAAUGGCUUAACUACUGCGCCUCCGAGGCCAGUUUCAAGUUCCAACUGCAGUUGUGAUAUUGUGUGAAAACAAAUGGAAUAUAUCCUGACCCAUGCUACUAAUUAGUAGCGCCCAACCAAUCUGAUUGCCUUGUGCUCAUUGUUACUGCAAAUCAUGCCAUGUUGAUGCACCUUUAUAUAGCCAAUACCAGUCAAAUAUAGUCACUGUAUUCAUUACCAUGAAUCUAACUAUAAAGAUAUGUACAUAAUAGGCAUAUGUGUUUGAGAAGGAAACAUUGAAUUCUUUCCUUUUCUUCUGUGCAUUGCAUUGAAAUUUUUACACUAUUUAAAAUAAGAUAACAUGUAUUAGUAUGUUUUGUUUUAUGUAACGGGGAUGGUUUUUUGGUGAAAUUUUAUCUUCAUUAGGCUGUCUUCUUAGAAAUGGCAGGAUUAUUUUAUAGUAAAGUAUAUAUCUACAUAGAAAUAGGAAAUUGGGAGAUUUAUGUUCUUGUUGACCAUGGAAAGUUUCACUUUUCAGUGUGCUGUUAUUUAGAAAACUCACAUAUUCACUCACGACUUACCAUGUGUAUAGAUAAGGAAGUUAAUUAGAUAAAAUUAAUAGUGGAUCUUCCUUGACCAAAUUAUAGUGAUAGGUGUAGAAAAUGAACCUGAUGUGAACAAUGGCAGGGCUCCAUUUCACGAAGCGAUCUUGGUGCUACCGUAUGGACUUAAGGAGGUCUUAGCGCUAAGAUCGCUUUGUAAGAUGGGACCCAGGUAUGGUACAGGUUUUUUUUCUUUAUGGUGUGUGCUGGUUGAAAACAUGAACACAUUUGACUUUUAUAUUUGCGUAUUCCUGUAUGUAUAAUUUUAGUGACGGUAACACACACUUGCAUACCAGUAAGGAUCUGCCCAUGUUAAAUUAAUAAUAUUAUUUUUUAAAAAUUAAUUAUUAUUUUUCUGUUUUACACCAUUAAAGGGUUUUUCAGAAAUUCAAAUUUAGUAAGGGUUGUUCACCACUCCAGCACUAAGCCUAUUACAUGCUCAUUUUUAAACCACUACUGUCCAGUGUUUACUUGCAUAUGUAUGUAUCUACAUGUAUUACCUGUUCAUAAAAGCCACAUUGUUCACGUAGAUCCAUUUGGUGGCCUCCAUAGACAGACCAGGCUCGACAUUGAAGAUCACGAACUGGGUGUGUUUGGAAUUUAAUAUUUAUCAAUCAAAAUGUAUAGACUGUCCGGUUUGUGAUUCAUUGUGUGAACUCAUGCCUUGUUCUAAAGGCAUGUGAAGGAUUGUUUUAUACUUUGCCAGGAGUAUAUUGUAUUCAUUCAUUAACUGCAUUAUCACUGCCAGAAUGUGUAUAUGUAUCGGUAACGAUGCCUGUGUAUAUAUUGACCGUGCUUUUCUGUAUAUCAGCUGUGCUAUAGAUUCUAUUUAACUGUUAUAAAACUGGUGACUGUGUUUUGUGAAUCUCAUGCCAGAUGUUUAAAGCUGGUUUCCAUAAAAUAUAUAAUAUGUCUCCAACUGACGCAGACCAAAACAUUUUAAUGGGAACACAGAAACAGACCAGACAAUCUGUAUUGGUAUGCAUCAACCUGUGUUCAUUUUAAUGGGAACACAGAAACAGACAGACGAUCUGUAUUCGUACGUGUUAUCCUGUGUUAAUUUUAAUGGGAACACAGAGAUAGAGAGACAAUCUGUAUUUUAAUGGGAACACAGAAACAAACAGAUGAUCUGUAUUGGUAUGUGUUAUCCUGUGUUCAUUUUAAUGGGAACACAGAAACAGACCAGACGAUCUGUAUUGGUAUGCAUCAACCUGUGUUCAUUUUAAUGGGAACACAGAAACGGACAGACGAUCUGUAUUGGUAUGCAUCAUCCUGUGUUCAUUACAGCUUUUAUGGAAACCAGGCUUUAAUGUUUUAACACGGACUAAGGUAACCGAACACAAGGUCACACUAUUAUUUUGUAAGGUGAUGUUUAGAACGUUGAUAUUCCAGUGAUGUAAAAUAUUGAAAUUUUGUGAUGGAUUGUCCAAGUUUGUAGUACAGUAGUUGAUGGUAUAAGUGCAUUUCAUGUAAACACAUUUGACAACUGAAGUUUUUGCUCUAAAAAUGUAAUAAAUAUCUGACUGGUGUAUUACAGUAUAUUCAAUAGUUCUAAUUCUCCAAUCUCUAGAUUUUGGAAUUUAUUUUUCUGUUGAUAUGAAUUAUUUCAUAUACGAUUGAAAAUGUUAACUGGCUUGUUGGACCUGAUUUAAAAAAACAAAAAAAACACUGAGUUUAUUGAGAUCAAAUAUUUACUAGCAUCAUCUUUAUCACAACAUAUUAAUUUAUCUUUCAAUUUUAUUUUUAAAAAAAAUUAGUAUGCCAGUUUGUUCAUUGCCAAAAACUCCCACCUAGAAUUUAUUAUUAUUAUUAUUAUUAUUAUUUAGGGUAACAUGAUUUUGUUUUAUUGACAGUGUAACCAUAGGAACCAGCAGGAGGUUUCUGUUGUGUGUUAAAUCAUCCUUGUUUGUCUAGCAAUCAAAACCAUCAUUGUAAAAAUGUAUCCCAAGGAACACUGUACCUUUAUUUUUUUUAUAAGUAGUUAAUUGUGACCUAUAUUUCAUUUAAAUACUUUUAAGAAAAUCUUUGCUGAUUUUAGGACUAUGGCCUAUAUGUAUAAAGUUAAAGAUAAUACAUGUAUAUGCAUGCUUGACAACAGUUAAUUAAGUUAUUUGAGCCAGCGUUUUGAUUUUUAAACUGUUUGUGCUAUAUUUUUAAUUAUAUUACAGAAGAGACCAUUUGCCUUACAUUUUAAAGUAUUAUGCAUCACAGUAAAUUCAGACCAGGAGCAGACUAAUAAAACAAAUACAAGUGUUUUAUAGGGAUUUCUUUUUCUUUUUUUUGCUGACUUUAAAAUAUUUAAUAGAAUUGCAUGCUACUAUUACCUGUAUAACAGUUAUUUUUAUUUAUUAUCUUGAUAAAGUAUAAGCAUGUACAUGUUUGUGUGCAUCUCUGGUAUUUACAAACACAGGUAAGCAAGGGGAAUGUGUAAGUUUGUGAUCUAAUAUUUAAUAUUUUAAAGUUUAGUUGGGUUUUUUCCAGUUUUUAAAUGAGUUGUGAAGUUUCAGUCUUGCCUUGCAGUGAAACGUGCAGACUGUCUAACAUUAUGGAAUCUUUAACUUCAAUUAAUGUUUUGUUAAUCGUGGAAUGUUAAUGUGUCCAUAAUGAUCUCGCUAUGUUCGCUUUGUGUUUGGUGCGUGCGUCAAGACUGCAGAUUGUAUAUUUUGGUAAUACAAAUUUUUAUAUAUAGAGUUUUCUGUUGACGUCUUUGGUUCAGCACUUUUGCAGCUGUUUAAGAGUGGUAGCUUGCUAUACGACAUCACAAAGAUCUCUUCUACAGUAUACCACAGUUCACAGUAUGGUAUUAACCCUACAGCUGCUAAACAGAGAUGAAAUGAUAUUGCUACACAUCACAAAGAUCUCUUCUACAGUAUACCACAGUUCACACUAUGGUAUUAACCCUACAGCUGCUAAACAGAGAUGAAAUGAUACUGCUACACAUAAAGAUCUCUUCUACAGUAUACCACAGUUCACACUAUUGUAUUAACCCUACAGCUGCUAAACAGAGAUGAAAUGAUAUUGCUACACAUCACAAAGAUCUCUUCUACAGUAUACCACAGUUCACACUAUUGUAUUAACCCUACAGCUGCUAAACAGAUGAAAUGAUACUGCUACACAUAAAGGUCUUUUCUAAAGUAUACAACAGUUCUAUACUUUUAUAUUUAACCCUUCAACUGCUAAUAAGAGGUGAAAUGAUACUGCUACAAAACAUCUUAAAGAUCUCUUCUACAGUAUACUAGUUCAAUACUUUUAUAUUACUGGUAACCCUAUAGUGUCUAAACUGUGCUGAAACAAUACUGCUACAACACAUUUCAAAGAUCUCUAUCAAUACACAAGACAUGAUGUUUAUCUGAAAACAUAUUAUUUUUCUAAAGUGUUUGCUACAAUACAACAUACACAACUACAGCAGACGGUAGUGAAAUAUAUUGGUGUGUUUUAACCCCAACUGCUAAUUUUGUUUGCUUUUUGGCAGGGUUUAUGUGAAAAUUAGCUCAGGUUCACUUUUAGCUCUGUGAAAAAAUUAAAGCUACUGCUGAUUAAUAAUAUGAAAACAUAAUGAAAAGUUAUGGUUAUUGAAUUGUUUAAAAAACAAGAAAAAAACAACAACAACAACUAACUUGCAACAGGCACUAGUCUAUCCGGUGAAAUGAUUGGGAUCUUUUUGGUCGAAGGAUGUUGCCGUAAUAUUUUGGGACUAAUCCGAUAUCAAAACAAAAUCGCACAACAUUUAGUGUAUUGUCACAGCUCACUUAUCACAUACGCAUAUCAGAGAUUAAUGUUGAGAUGUUAAAUGUCACUGCAAGAUAAAAAUAUUUGUAAAUUUUUCCCAUUUCCUAAGAGUUCACAGUUGACAUGGUUGUGAGAUGUGUGUUAACAUUUUCCAAUUUGUGCACGAUUGUGAAAGUUUGUGAACAAGUGGUAUGUUAUAUCUAGACAAGUGGGCAAAUGUUUUGGUAUUUAAUCUAUUCCUCAUUUUAGACUUCAAAGAUUUGCUAUUUAACCUGUUCCUUAUCUCUCUUUAGAUUUUAAACAUGUCUAAAAUCGGGGGGCUGUCCUGGAAUUGAGGGGCCUUUUUUUUUUUUCUUUUUUUUUUGUAUACCCACAGUCAACACUAACAUUUAAUUUUAAUCAAGUAUGUAUAGACAAACUUUCAUAGCAGACCCAUCGUGAAUGAAGUAAUAAUUACAAUGCUCGACCCCUCCCCAUGUUAUUAAUUCUAAAACAGCCAUUGUAAUAUACUGUAGUUAUACCUGCUUAAACUAAGUCACACUUGCUUAAACAAGCAUCUGAGAGUAUGGGCUAUAUAGACAAGUGGCUGCUUAUUGCAGGUCAGUUCAUACUUAGAUGAUUUAGGAAUAUAGUAAUAUUUAAAACAGGUGGCUACUUGUGUAGGUUUGACUUCUAGUAUAUACAGCCUUUUCUUCUUCUUUUUUUUCUUUUGGGAGGGGUGUCCCUUAAAAUUUCUGCAAUAUUUUAUUUUUACAUUUAUUAAAAUAAUGCUUCAGAAUACCCAAAGUCACUAGACGUUUAGCAAUAUACUGAAUUGUGCCUAGGUUGGCACACCAACACACAAACUGUGUGGUACAUGUUUUAGUAGGAUUCUGUAAACUACAUAGAGAAUCUGAUGUGGAUGUAGUGUUUGUACAAAAAGGUGUAACUAUAACAUUAAUGCCAUCAGAAAUAAACCUGUUAUAUCUG